UCUCUAAGAUGUUGUCACUCAUUCGAGCUCGCUCUGUACUCUCCAGGCGAACCCUAUCCAGGGCACACUCGCACAGACUAUACUCUGAGACACCUGUGGCGGCGCCCGCUGAACCAGACGCCCUGCGCUCGGCCGAUGACUUGCUCAAGGAGUUGACAGACAAGUUGGGCGCCACAAGCUCAACCAAUUUUUGGAAGGAGCUCGAAAAGAUCGAGAUUAAGCCGUUUGUGCAGAUUGAACGCGAGAUUCAGGAGCGGGUGGCCGCACGGUACCACGCACCGUCGCAGGAAUGGUUGGCGCAAAUACCCGCAAAACCCUUGAAAUCUGAGGCCAGCGCCGUUCUUACCGCAACCUACGGCCCUACACAGUCGUUUAUCCGCCCCAACGACUUGUCCUCCCCGGUGGAUAUCGGCGAUGUCGUGGAACUCCGUGGGGACUUCCACAAGCCGUUUUUGCAUGUGGUGGCGGCGGUCCCGUCGGGCCCGUUGGACUCCCGCUACACUCUCAUUUCCCACACCGGUCAGGUUCACUACCUGGGCCGCCAAUCGUUCCGCUUCCGAAUCCCUGGCUUCUUUCCCAAGCCGUGGCUUGCGAACGCCAUUGUCAAGGAACGGAGAAUGGACGGCUACGCCGCGGUAGGUGUCACCAAGGAGACGUCAAACUUCCAGGGAAACGAGUUUCUCGUAGAUAAUGCCGCGUCACAGUCCAGCCUGGAGACGUAUCUCGUACCAGAAACGGUGCGCGCGGUGUUGAGCCAGCCGUUGAUUGCAUGUAUGGAUAGCGCGUGGAGCUCGCUCUCUCGUAUUUCGCAGAAACUCGAAAUGAUUCACCGGGUGGUGCAAAACCUGUCAGGUCCCACCUCGAUCUCUCUUUUCACGCUAGUCAAGGCGGUGCAGGCGAUGGACUUGGACUACUUGAAACAGCGGUUCGUGGCAGCGGGCAGCGAUCCGCGAAAAGUCGAGAGCGUUUACGCGGAAAUCUGCACGGUGCUCUCAGUGCAAACCCAUGAAAAAUGGACCGUGGGAAACACCGUGUUGGGCAAGAACUACGGCCAGUUGGACCCUGGUGAGAAGUUCGACGCUGCGGAAAUGUUUGCCGUCAUUUUGGCGUUGCGCAAACAGAAUCGCUUGUGGGGCGAUCUCAACGUGGUGACAGGGUUCUCCGGGCCCAUCUCCGUCGUGGCAUUGCCGUUGUCGAUGGGGGUGCGAUUGGAAGAGAUUGUAAAUGACUUGAAACUGAGUCCUGAGACGUUUACCCUGUACUUGGAGAACAUCACUACUCGAGUGGACUUCCAGGCGUACGACAACGUGGUGUAUUUGUUGAAGAAGUACGUCGCAGGAGGCAUUACUGAUGCGCCGACAGAGACGAUGAUCGUAAAGCUUCUCCGCAGCAUGCCACAGUUCCGCGAGACAGACAUUUCGCGCACUUCCGCCUUCACGUUGCUCCAAGCGUUAGGUGAGGUGCGCAGCGAAGAAAAUCCCGUCACAUGGUCCGCGGAAUUGGCCUUACCACAUUCCGAAACGUCCCCGAAAUCGGACUCCGAGCAGGAAUAUCACCAGCUUUUUGAGGUAAAUGGAGACUCUGAUCCGUUGGAAGGCAUUAGAGAGGACUUUGGGGAGUUGCCCGUUUAUUGUAUCGACAGUGCCACGGCCCACGAGAUCGACGACGGUGUGAGUAUCCAGCGAACCUCCAACGAUGAGUGGGAGGUGAUGAUCCAUAUUGCGGACCCUGCAUCGCACAUCCGGCCGGACAGCCCCUUGGCCCGUAUCGCCUUUGAUAGGGCUUCCACCGUGUAUUUGCCGGAAAAAGUGUUGCCGAUGUUGCCGAAACAGAUCAGUGACGUUGUAGGAUUGGGAAAAGAUGGCGUUUCCACCAGAUGUGUCACCUACUCCUUCAAGGUCAAUCCAAAGGAAACCGGGUCAAAGUUUGUGGAUAGAUCCUCGCUCCGGGUGAGAGCGGGAACCGUACGAAACUUCCCCAAGGCUACAUACAGCGAUGUGGACGAUAUUUUGGCCGGAAAGAUGAACGUCAGCGCAAGCAUGACGCAGGAUCUCCAGGAUAUGCUCGAGGUGGGUCGGGCGUUGAGAAAGAUGCGGAUUAAAAGCGGCGCCAUUGUUUUUGGAACGUCACCAGACGACGUUGAAAUGACCCUCACCCAAGAUAUCACUCUCCAGAGAGAAGACCUGGCCGAUUCCCCGAUACAACUUUCGUUCUCGCCUAAGCAGGAAACCUCGUCCCAGGUAUUGGUCUCCGAGCUCAUGAUCAUGGCCAACCACAUUAGCGGAUCGUUUUUCCGCGAUAACCAAAUUCCUGGGGUGUUCCGCCAGUUCAGAAUGCCAAAGGUGGACGACUCCAUCGCUCAGGUGUUCCAAAAUUUGAGUCGCCGCUGUGCCCAAGGCGACUACCCCCCGUUGACUGACAUUGCCAAAGUCAGUGCCUUUAUGUCUGCCUCGACCUACACCACACAGAACGCCUCCCCACACGAAAUGUUGGGCGUGGUCAGUUACAACCCGUCCACCUCACCGCUCCGCCGCUUCGGUGAUAUGGUGUCCCAUUGGCAGGUCCACGCGCACUUGUUGGGUCAGCACAUGGGACAAGCACCUAUUUACCCAUUUUCUAUGGCGCAAAUGAACUACAUCGCCUUCCACAUCCAGACCCGCGACCAAAUCAUCAAGCGGUCUGUAAAACGGUCUGUGGCCUAUUGGGUCCAUGCGCACCUCGCCCGCUUACUAGAGAGGGUCCCGAAAACCACCUUUGACGCCUUGGUGAUGAGUUCGCCCGUGAAUGGGACCGUACGGGCCUCGUUGGUGAACUACGGCAUCCACUGCAGGAUCAGUAUCGACCCGGAAACACGUCCGCCAGUGAUUGGCGACAUGCUAAUCGGGUGUUCCAUCGGCGCGUUGGAUGUGGUUGAGGGCGAGCUUGUGCUCCAGUGCAAGAAGGCUUGUGAGGACUAGGAAUUACAUGUAUAAAGUUGAUUGAAAUUGUAUAUAGGCUAUAGAAAUUGUAUAAAGGUAAUAGAAAUUGUAU